ACGACGGCGCAUGUAAAUGAAUCAGAAAGUCAGAUCAAUGGAGGGUUUUGAGCAGGAUUUAGUCGAAGCUCUGAGAGAUGUAGUGAAAGCAGGAAGCUGGCAGUGUGUUGGAGAUGCAGAGAGAUUCAAGUCACCGUGCACUAAGUUGUUCUCUGAGGAUGGAGAGAAUGUGGUUGUUGUGAGAACAGAUGAAGGACGGUUUUGGGCGAUGGAUUCAUCUUGUCCACAUGAAGGGGGUCCACUCGAUCAAGGAGACAUUGAGGACCUUGGAAACGGCAAAAUGGCACUAAUAUGCCCGUGGCACUAUUUUGAUUUCAGCCUAGAGACAGGUUUGUCCUCCACAGGACUGCAGAAUCAAGUCUACGAUGUCAGAGUAGUGGAUGGAAAACUGUAUAUAAAUACUCAAAGUAGCUUGUCUCUCUAUCCAGUGCCUGUGACAAAAAAGGCAAACCGAGAUGCAGUGUUACCCAUGGAAACAAAGUUAGAAUCAUCAGAAAAUACACUCUGCUUUUGGGCCAGGAAAAUCCUCUGUACUCCAGACCCACUAGAAAAGGUGGCUUUGACUAAGCAAGUGCAGAGCUGGUGGAACACUGGGGAAAUAACAGAGAUUGGUGAGUGUGCACCACCGGCUCAGCCUUGCAGAAUAGAUAGUCUGACUGUGGUGGCACCAAGCAAAAUCAAACGUGGCAAAGGAGGCACACAGGCAAGCAGAAUUGCAUUGCUUCAUUCUCUGGCUAAUAUAGAGCAGUGGGCUAUCGACCUCUCGUGGGACAUCAUCGCUCGAUUCUCUACAGUCAAACUUAGCACCGGUGACCCGCUGCCACGAGAGUUUUUCAGCGACUUUGUAAAAGUAGCUGGCGAUGAAGCCAAGCAUUAUGAAUUAUUAGAGCAAAGGAUCAAGGAGCUCGGCAGUUCUUUUGGUGCCCUUCCAGUACAUAAUGGUUUAUGGCAAUCGGCAGCAGAAACAUCACAAGAUCUUCUGGCUAGGCUGGCUAUAGUACACAUGGUCCAUGAGGCUAGGGGCUUAGACGUGCACCCUCAGACACUGUCCCGCUUUGCAGCGCAGGGAGACGCGAGCUCAGUAAAGGUCCUGGAGGUGAUUUAUACUGAUGAGAUAACGCAUGUUGCUGCAGGACUCCGAUGGUUCACUUACAUUUGCUCAAAGGAGCAAAGGGAUUGCCUGUCAACAUUCCACGACUUGGUUAAAUUGCAUUUUAAAGGGUAUUUGAAGCCUCCGUUCAACACAGAGGGAAGAAAGACGGCAGGAAUGACAGAGGAGUGGUAUGUUCCACUUGUUAAACCCUCCAGCUGACUGAAAAGCUACUGCAACAUUUCAGAUGGGAAGAUAAACUACUACUAGUCUGCACCUGUUCUACACCCAGUCUGCACCUGUUCUACACCCAGUCUGCACCUGGUCUGCACCUGUUCUACACCCAGUCUGCACCUGUAAUACACCCAGUCUGCACCUGUAAUACACCCAGUCUGCACCUGUAAUACACCCAGUCUGCACCUGUAAUACACCCAGUCUGCACCUGUAAUACACCCAGUCUGCACCUGUAAUACACAUCUGCCUGGUAUCGAUGUCUCCAUUACAAUGAACAUAUGGUUUUUAGUGUCUGUUUGCUGUUGUGAAAUGGUUAUAUGUACAGAAUAAAAAAUAUACUUAUAUGCACAAUGAAAUAUGUGCACUGACAAUUUUAUGCAGUAUUUCUGGAAAGGAAAUGAGAAAAUCUUAUAUAUAUGAUUAUUAGUAAAAUAAAAGCAUUUUACUAGUGGUCUCAGACUCGUGGACCCCUGUUUGUGUUUACAAGUCUGAGACCACUAGUAAAAUGCUUUUAUUUUACUAAAAAUCAUAUAUUUGGUUAAAGCCUGACACACCAAAACCACCAGAGUGUUUAUAGAGACAUAAUGCUCAGGUGGAAUAAAGCUCAGGAGCAAAUUUGCAUAAAUAAAUUCAGACAAUGGCAGUUGAGAUUUUAAGCAUUUCAUUUUCUUUGUUGAAUGUUUUUUUUUAUUGUUCUAAAGCAUGUUGUUUAUUUCAAGUUUUUAAAAAAAAUCCCAGCUUUUCAAUGUGGUCUCAGAUGUUUGACCCCUAUUGUGUCUACAUGUGUGUGUGUGUGUGUUUGCAAUUUUUCUUUAUAUGCAGGCACCAUAUUUAAUAUUGUUGAAUAAAUACUAUACACUCAAUGUUU